AUGGCUUCUCCUUGUUCUGGAGACCUUAGCCCUGCUGGUCUGCCUCCACCCCCUGUCACCACUCCAGGUCCCGCUGUGCCCCCCGCGCCCCGCUUCCCAGACAUCUACGGCGGCGACGCGCAGCUCUGGGAGGCCCAUUUCCGCGGCAUCGGGCGCGCCUACCGCGCUUUGGGCAAAGAGGACGACUUCGCCAUCCGCGUGCUCACUGAGGACUUCACGUUGCCCUUUCCGUUCGCCUGGCCGCCAGGCCCCGACCCGGCUACCGGGCCGCUCUUCUACGACCCGCGGGAUCGCGCGGGCUUCGAUUUCCUGCUGCGCGGCCCCGGCGCGCCGCCCCCGGCUCUGCUGCGACCCCUGCACGCCACGGCGCAGGCAGCCGAGCGCAAGCGGCGCCUGGAGCGCUUGGCGCUGAGCUACGUGGGCGCCAGACGGCCGCCCGGCUUGGUCCUGCUGGCGCCUGCGGCCGCCGCCUUCCCUCCCGAAGCCGGCCGUCCUCCUUGGCGCGGCCUCGCCCGCGACAGCGAAUAA